AUGCCUGAGACUGUCAAGACCGUCGCCAUCCCCGGCGUUGCGUGGGACAUCGCCGCAGACAUCCACUUCCCACCCAACUUCGACCCCAACACCAAGCUGAAGUAUCCGGCCGUUGUCUCGGCCCACCCAAUCGGCUCAUGCAAGGAGCAAACCUCGGGCAAUGUCUACGGAAAAGCCAUGGCCGAAGCGGGCUUUGUCGUGGUGGCGUUUGACGCCUCGUUCCAGGGCGCCUCAGGCGGCACGCCUCGGUUUGUCGAGAAUCCUGAAUUCCGCGUCUCCGACUUCCGGUACGUGGUCGACUACAUCCAAAAGUCGCUUCCAUACGUCGAUGCCGAACGAAUUGGUGUCCUCGGGAUCUGUGGAGGCGGUGGUUACGCACUCAAUGCAGCCAUGACCGAUUAUCGUUUCAAGUGCAGCGUCGGCGUCACCCCUGCCAACUUCGGGCGCCUCGCCCGCGAAGCGUUCGCUGAAUUCAAUCCGGCUGGCGCCCUUGAAAAGAUGGCCCAGCAGCGCAAGGCUGAAGCCCAAGGCGCCGAACGCUUUGUGCUCAACUACCUGCCCUUUGCGAGCGUCGAAGAGGCCAAGAAUGCCGACAUCGACAUGCGCGAAGCAAUGGAAUACUAUAGAACUGACCGCGGCAAGUCAGACAAUGGCUGUGUGAGCGGAUUGUUCUCCUUUAAUAGCGCUGCGGUCGCCUGGGACGCCUUUGCGUUUGCCGAAAAGCUCAUGACACGGCCGUUCAUGGUUGUUGCUGGUGAUCAGGUUGGUACGUUCGGAGCGUACCGCGACGCCAACGAGAUUUACGCGAGGGCAGCAUCGGAGGAAAAGCGUCUUGUUAUCCUGCCAGGGGUCUCUCACUACAUGCUCUAUGACCGACCCGAGGCUACUAAGCCAGCGCUAGAUGAAAUUCUGCCUUUCUUGAAGAAACACCUUGGCGAAGCCGCGUAG